AUAGUUUUGUUUUAAUGGCCUCUCAGGGCUCUAGACGUUCUCAUUCAAAAUGGAUCAAUGUUCGCAACAUAAAAUUAAAAAUAUGUUUUCCAUUGUCCAGCGCACAGCCGUGACAGUGCACAUGUAUACUUAUCUCCCGAUCGCCUCUUGCGCAUGCGUGAGACAUCGCGACGAGAUUUAAAUUUAGCCGAGUCGCCGGAAUUUGCUGGCCUAUUUCGAUUCCGCCGCAAACGGCAAAUUUUAACUGACUUCAAAGUUCCCUUAUCGUUAUUUAUUGCCAAAUUAUCUUUAAAAGUGGAUAAUUUAUAUGGUAGUGCUGUAUUAGGCCGUGUAGGCCGCUGUGAUGUGUGAAGAGAGGACUCUAGUGUUGCGUGCCGACUAGGUUAUAAUCAGGUGACAGAGAUGCGUCCAGCGUUUGUGUUAAGUGUUUUGGUGUGGUUACUAGUGCAAGAUUCCAUAAUAUGUGUGCGGAUCCGCGACCUGCGGGUGCCGGCGCACGUGGCCGAGGGCUCGGAGGUGGUGCUGGGCUGCAUAUUCGACAUGCAAGGCCAUCGGCUCUUCUCCGUCAAGUGGCUGAGGAACGGAGAGGUCUUCUACCACUACAGACCCGGAAGCGGCACCUACAACGUGCCAGACACUAGGGCCUUCUCAGAUCAAGGAGUAUCUGUUGAUGUGUCGCGGUCGAGCAUGGAGACAGUUACGCUGCUGUUCAUGGGGCGCGAGUCGGCGGGCGAGUACCGCUGCGACGUCACAGGCGAGGGGCCGCUCUUCCGGAAGGAUUCCGCCAAAAAAAACAUCACGGUCGAUCUGGUACCUGAAAAAGAGCCUGAAAUUACGGGUCUUCAGGAGUACUAUGACGUGGGUUCACCUGUACUACUGAAUUGUACUUCGACGGGCGCGCGUCCCGCUAGUCGGGUGCAGUGGUUUGUGAACAACAUGCAAGCGCAGAAGUACCACGUGCGGGGACCGUGGUAUCGGCGCUCGUUACACCGACUGGACGCGUACGACACCACGGUUGAGCUCUCUUUCGGAGUGCGGGAGUCGCAUUUCUUAAAUGGAAUCAUGAAAUUAAAGUGUGAGGCAACAUUAGCGCCAUUAUAUCGCAAGGAGGUGGAGCUCAAAUACCAGAGACUCCCGCGGACCAGGGGAAGCAUACUCAUGGAGACCACAACGAAGUAUCUAGAGAAAACCACUGAGGAACGCUGUACUGACGCCAUCACUGUGGAAUUGGACGAGCCGCCGCCGCACUUGGAGCCUUGGUCGAUUGAAACACCUGAUCCAGACGGAACCUCUUGA